AUGUUGAGGCUCGGGGGCAUCAAGUCCUUAAUCAGCGUUAGCGCCGAGAGCCCCCGGGGCAGCGAGAGGAACGACUCCGGCGCCGCGCUGGCGGGCGCUGAGGGCGUCCCCCCAGUCAUCUGGAGGCAGAAGUGUGCGGCCUACGUGCUGGCGCUCCGACCUUGGAGUUUCAGUGCUUCCCUCACCCCCGUGGCUCUCGGCAGCGCGCUGGCGUACCGGGCCGAGGGAGCGCUGGACCCAGGGCUGUUGGUGGGAAGCGCCGUGGCCGUCCUGGCUGUGCACGGAGCCGGCAACUUGGUGAAUACCUACUACGACUUCUCCAAAGGCAUCGAUCACAAGAAGAGCGAUGACAGGACUUUGGUGGACCAGAUUUUGGAGCCUCAGGACGUAGUCCGGUUUGGAGUCUUCCUUUAUACUGUGGGCUGUAUCUGUGCUGCUGGGCUCUAUGUUCUCUCAACGCUCAAGCUGGAGCACCUGGCCUUGAUUUACUUUGGUGGACUUUCCAGUUCCUUCCUUUAUACUGGAGGAAUUGGAUUUAAGUAUGUUGCACUUGGAGACGUGGUGAUCCUGAUCACCUUUGGGCCCCUGGCUGUCAUGUUUGCCCAUGCUGUGCAGGUUGGUUAUCUGUCUGUCUCACCACUGCUCUACGCUGUCCCACUGGCGCUCAGUACUGAGGCCAUCCUGCACAGCAACAACACACGAGACAUGGAGUCUGACCGGCAGGCGGGUAUUGUCACCUUGGCUAUCCUCAUCGGCCCUGCGUUCUCCUAUGUUCUCUACACCGUGCUGCUCUUCUUGCCCUACCUGAUUUUCUGUGUGCUGGCCACACGCUAUACCAUCAGCAUGGCAUUACCACUACUCACCAUCCCGAUGGCAUUUUCACUGGAGAGGCAGUUUCGGAGUCAGAGCUUCAACAAAAUUCCUCAACGAACAGCCAAACUCAAUCUCCUCUUGGGGCUUUUCUAUGUCUUUGGUAUCACGCUAGCACCAGCUGGUGCUCUGCCCAAACUGUAACAAGAGCUGUAGAGUCAGGCCUCACAGUUCCGGUUUAACGGUGGAUGAUGUGGGUGGAUGACCUGUUAUGGACAGUGGGAAGAAUGGCAAGACUGUCUUGAGCGGUUGAUUGUCUGUGAAUUUUGUAAUUUCUGGUCUUGGUUAACUUGUACAGCAGACUUUAAAAAAGUGGUUUGUUGGUUCUUUGGAAGGGGUGAACUGUGCAGCUUUGCUUCAGGGGAGCGAGGUGAUGUGAGGACAAGGAAACGUUUAAAGAACCUCAUCCUCUGCCACUGAAUUCUUUCACUGUCAACUCGAUGAAAGUAAGACUGAGCCUCAAAUACAAACUCUUGUUUUCCUUCACAAGCACAGUUAUUGCUCUUAUGACUCCUUUUCUUAUUAUGGUCAAGGAGUCCAGUGGCUCCUGUGUGGUAAACAGAAAACACUGCCAAAUGGUUAGUGUCACAACAAUGUAGGUGCUAUUACUUCACUCCCUUGUGAGCAUAGUCAUCUUCAUCUGUUGUAUGUUUUAAUUUUUGUUGGGUUUUUUCCCUAGCCAAAUCUUAAGCUUUUAUUUACAAGGCCCCUGAAAAGCACUAGAUACUAAUUCAUUAACUGUUGCUUCUGCUUGGUCCUUAAAGUCUAGAAAUUUCCGAGUUAUGUAUCUCUGUGGGAUGUUGGUGCUAAAUGAAGCAUGAAUAGCCCACUGCACAAACUUUAAACCCAACGCAGUAAAUUUAUGUUCUGCUAUGAAAACUGAAGCUGUAAAUGCAAAUCAUGCAGCUGAAAAGCAUAGAAAAACAAGUGGUUUCCAUUUUUGCAUUUGCUUCAAUAUAAUUUCUGAAAUUACAGUCUUGGAGUUAAGGGGGAGCCAAAAGACAGAUUGUCAGGUUUCUCUGGUUGGAUAUGGAUUAAUGGAUGCAUGAGUGGAAGAACAGAUUCUUAGGUGAAAAAAGAAAUUUUUUUCAAUUGUUGUUCUGUCUUUAUUUAGAGGCCCAGAGUAUUAUAGUCAAAUGUCUUAUUAUAAGAAGCCCCAAAAGAAGCCCAGUUAAGCAAAGGAGAAAGAUACAGGGUUAGGAAAAAAAAAAAAAAAAAAUCAGGAUCGCUGCAUUGUCUCUGCAUAAAAAUUAGGACCAGAAACAGGAAGAAACCGUUUUGUUAACAAGAUGUUUCCCAAUAGAGUCCAGAGUUUGUGACAGAAUCACAUUUAAACGCUGUUAGCUCUGAAGUUCCCCACCUCUUUUUCCCCUCCUAUACCUUAAAGUGGUCUUUUGUUUUUUUCCUGCAGAUCUUGCCAUAUGAUACACAUGUGACCAUUCAGAGACCUGAUUGGUUCAGCAGUUAUGUAGCAGUGUGAAAAACAUGCCAAACACAACUGGGGAAAAGUGUAACUUCAGUGCAAAGAUUAAUUUGAUCCAUACUGUGUUGCUCAUGACAACUGAAUUCUCAUCUGUGUUGAAAUUGUUUCCUUUAUGUGGGGUUUUGGUGAAAAGUUUGUUUAUAGGAGUUGUGGAAAGCUUCAGAGAAAUUGAUAUAGGUGUUGAGCUAGAGCUGCUGUUGCCUGGAGCACAACCUUGCUUUAGAACCAAGUGGGAGUGUGCUAACCACUAUACAAAGGGCUUUUAAACAUGAGCAAUAAACUAGCAUGGUGUUCUGCAUCUGUCAUAGGUAAAUUAUGCCUUUGUGGUGUUCAGCUGAAAGUGCUGAGUGUUAUAUUAGUGGAUUGUACUGACAGUAAUAAAGCUGAGUUGAUGUUACAAGAUUACAUGGUACAGCUAUUUAAGUGACUGUUUUGAGGGCUUCAUGUUAUCCAGUGUUACCCAGCUGUUGGUCCCUUGCUUUACAGCUGAGCUCUAGUCAAUGGGAAGGAUUCUCUACAGGUGUAUUUUAUGAGCCACACUGUGAUCUCCUGUUAAAAUUGGGCAAAUGAUCUGACUAGGCACAAGACGAUAGGAGAUGGACUUCAGCAACUGUGUGCUGCUUUCUACAGCAAAAUACUUGUUUAGAUUAGAAACAUGGGGAGAAAAUGCAAAAGUUCAGCUCUGCUGAAUGGAGGGAGAUAUCCAGACAGUUUUGGAAACUUCUCAAUACAGACAUACACAACACAGUAUCUACUGUUACUUCUUUGUGGACCGAAUAAAGAAGAGCCUGGCUCUGAGACCCACCUCACUUUUCUGCAAAGCAAAAGCUUUUCUGGGGAUACACACUGUGCUGGUGAAUCUGUUAACCUUGCAACUGGGGAUAUGUUGCGUUUAUUAGGUUAAUCCCAGCAUGGCUUUGUUGCUAUCCUUUGUAGCAGCCGUGUGCUUUAUUUUGUGAUAGCUCAUUUUUAUAUAAGUAUCCGUUUAAAAGAAUGGGAAGUUAUCUUUUUUUUCUAUUCCUUUUACAUAAACUAGAAUACUCAAGCUAAACUCCUUAAAGUAACUAAUACUUACUAGUAUGUUUGAUAACUGUAACUGUAAUGGUAGAAAGAUCUAGGAUAUGAUUAUUGGUGGAGUACUGUAUGUAACUCUAGUUGUAUCUAGGCUACCCUUUGCUAGCAGGGAAAAGCCCCCAAUGUAGGACAUCUGCUUACUGCUGGAAAGGACCAGUGCUUUUUGUUACAGAGAUGAAGGAAAACCUCACUAGUAUAUGUAUGUGUUUGUGGAACACUUUUCAAGGUGGGGGGGGAUUCAAAGCAUUUUAAUAGUAAGAAUGAGAUGAAGAUUCAGUAAUUCCUUGCUAGCACAUGCUGGUUGCCUCCAAUACCCUGUCUCUGAAAACCAAUAUCAUUCCAGGUUAUUAAGGAUAGUAAUAAUAAAUAACACAUUCUUCACCAUAGCUUUGAGGAAGUCAUUUAACGUCUCUGUGUCUUGGAAAACAGCUAAUUUUUGCCUACCUCACAGGGAUGCUGAGCCAACAUCAUUGUCAUAGAGAGCUCUGAAAGUAAAAAAUGCUUUAUCUCUGCGUGCUUUCCCAAAAGCAUGUUAAUACUAGAAAACAUUUUAGGUAUGAACUAACCUAACAGGUGACUUAACGUAAAUAGACCAAAAUAAUCUCCACAUAGACACUGAGUGAUAAGAGAGGUUCCUUAACUGGUUUGUUUUGUGAUGAGGAUGCUGGGUCUCAUUCCCUACCUACCCCUCUCCUCCCUGUCCCAUGUAACUUUCCUUGAAUAUAAACUUUUUAAACUUCUUUCAGGUCUCUUGGUGAGCUGUGUUGCAGUGUGAUGAGUCUACCCUGGUAGAUGAACAGAUCUGUAGCCCAUCUGUUAAUGUGUCCUAAAGCACCUCUGGUCUUUCUUCUUAUCCAAUAAAGUGUCUGAAUGUUAUUCUUUUAA